AAGUUUCAAAACGACGUAGUAUAGUUGGUACUUGGAAGAGAGCUCUCUGCAUAUGGGUCCUGAAGGAGAUUGCGAAUUGAAAGAUGGAAGAAGAACUAAACGGCGUCGUUCCAUGUUCUUCCCUCGCCGUCGAAUCCACCAUUCGUGUCGGAACGGCCGGCGCUCUAUGGGGUUUGUGUAUGGGGCCGUACAAUUCUCGUAAAAAUGGCCUCAGUGGCGUCGGCCAUGCUGCUUUUGUGGCAAAGUCUGUUGGAAAAUACGGCUUUCAAUGUGGACUUGUUGCUGGAACUUUUACUCUGACUCACUGUGGGAUUCAAAGAUAUAGAAGGAAGAAUGAUUGGUUGAAUGGUUUGAUUGCGGGUGCGGUCGCAGGAGCAGUGAUUGCUACAAGGACUAGAAGUUGGUCGCAGGUAGUUGGGAUGACUGCUCUUGUCUCUGCCUUCAGUGCUGCUGCUGAAUAUUCGAGAUCACUUUAGAAUACCUCUUGUAGGAACAAAACCGUGAGGAUAAAUUCAGCAAGUGUCCUCUCAUUAUUCAACAAAAAUUGUUUGGUGUGUCCCCAAAGGUUGGUCCGUAUCCGUCGAAGGAGGGACCGAACCUCGUUAUGUCGACUGGAUUUGAUCUUCGCAAUUGCGGCUAACUUCUGGGGAGUUAAAGCCGGAAAUGAUGGAAAGUAACUCCUUUUGAUGUAUAACAGCUCUAAGUGACUGCUAUAUCAGAAGAUGAAACAUCAUAUGCAAAGUAGCUGAUGUUCCCUUUCUUUCUUUAGUUUUACUUCUAUCAUUCUGUCUCAAUUAACUCCUCUUUCUGAGAAUCAGAUCUAUAAUUUCUAUAAGCUUCGAGUUUGAUUGUGUUUUUUCUGAAGUAAACUCAUAAGUUUUCAUUGAUUCGUUGAGAAGUUACCUGAUGGAAAAUACCUAUCAA